CGGUAAUCAGCUUUCGUUUUCUGGUUAUUUUGGCGGUUAGACUGUGCAGCGAGGUAUAACAAUAGUGAAUAGAAGUUUAAAGCGUGCAGGAGCAGCAGGAGUUUUCUAAAUUGAAUGCAGCUUGCCCAGAGCCAUGAGCUUGAUCAGUUUACUUAGAUGUGUAAAACAAUCAAAUGUACCAAAAGCAUUGACUUUGUUUCAAAAGACUACAUCUAACCAUGCAAAUAACAAUCCAUUCAAAACAUUGACAGUGAAUAGUUCCUUCAGUGUUGUUUCACAGAGAUGUGCAGCUACGACUAAUAUAUUAGCAAGCAAAAAGUCAUCAAGUAUUGAAAUCUCCAUUCCAGAACCACCAAAACGCCCUUCAAGUUCCUACCUACUGUUUUUUAAGGAUCAUCAUGAUCAGGUUCAAGCAGAGCUUGAUACAGACAUGGGGGAAAAAGCCCCCAGUACUCGGGUCAUGGCUGAAAUAGGAAAGCUGUGGAAAUCUUUGCCUAAAGCCGAGGCACAAGUAUACAAGGACAAAGCUAAAAAACUUUCUGAGGAGUAUAAGAAGAAAAAGGAGGCAUGGAAGGAAAAUUUGACUCCAUUACAAGAAGAAGUUAUCCGUCAGCAAAAAAUGGAUCAUGACGAAGCCUUAAACGAAAGAAAACUCAAGAAACUGUUUAAAGAAACUGAAAAACCUCGGCGCCCCAAAAGAGCACAAGCCAUCAACUUAAUGGAUAAUGCAGACCUUGAAUCACUAUUGAAAGAGGGUGGUGGAGACCAGAAAGAAAAAUUUACCAAGUAUAUCCACGCCAAAACUGAAAAGUGGAAAUCACUGCCUGAAGAGGAAAAAGAAGCAUUGAGGGAACUUGCCAGUGAACAAAACAAGCAAGCAGAAUCUAAUUACCACAAGAAACUUGCUGAGUGGGUGCUGAGAAUGUACGACGAAGGCAUGCUGGAUGCCGUGACAAAAGAGGAAGCCAAAAUAGUUCUGCAUCAGCUGAAUAUGCCGAAAAAGAGAAGAUCAGCCCUGCAGAUUUUCCUAAUGUCCGACAUGGGAAAAGAAAUGGGUGUGACGGUGUCGACAGCCAAGGCGUUGUUUGAUAGCCUCCCUAGUGGACAGAAGGAGCACUUCAACAAUCUGUCUACAAACGAUAAGAAAAGGGCAGAGAGGGAGUUUGAUGAGUGGAUGGAUGAAUUGAAAGGAAGAGAUCUCGGAGAGUACGCUAAGGCACUAGUUAAAAAAUCAAGGGCAAUCAAAUCAUCUAGUGAUAAAGUGAAGAAGGAAGAAAAAAAAUCGAAAAAGAAAACCAAAGGAACUAAAGGAAAGUCAAAGGGGAAAAGUAGUGCAAAGAAAACAAAGUAAAUGACAAAACACAGUCUCAUUACGAAAAUCUUAAGGAUGAGUAAUAUGUACUACAAAUCUGUUCUACAUUUAUAUACUAAAAACAACAGUUUGUACCUGUGAAUAUAAUUUUGUAUAAGAUUAACCACAUGUUUUGUUCACACAAUUGGUAUUGAUUGAAUAUGUCACUUUUCCAUAUCUUUUCACAUCUAUCUUGAAGUUCAUUUUAUUUGAUGUAAAUGUCUUUUAAAAACUGUAUUAGAGGAUUUGUCUGAUUGCCUUUUUCUGUCUUAUACCUUUUUUAUACUCUAAAAUCUGGUAUCAUUGGCAUUAUAUAUGUUUGGAUAUAAAGUGAGUCUGUUGAAAUUUUUUUUUCUGUUGUAUGUUUUGAUAUAGAUUUUGUUUUUGUUGUACAUGUAAGUUUGGAUGUAAGGUUUGUUUUGUUUUGCAGCUUUGUUUGCGACUGCUAGUGCUGUGCAUGUAGUAGUGGUUUACUUGUAUACUCUAUCAUGUACAUGUACACGUCUUCUUUCUGAAUGUGUAUGUAAUUUUGUAAAUCAUUUGGUCCGGUCAUUGGGAAGUGGAGUAAACGAAUGUAAAAUUGAUAAGAUCUGAGAUAUGGUUGAAUACAGAGUGAGAUAUUAAGGGUAAUGUUCUUAUCAAAGAUCUGAUUGUCAUGACAUCACAUACCUGUAGUUUCAUGAGAGCAAAAUAUUUGGAAGGUAUGAUUUUAUGCAAAAUACUAAGUAUUUAAGUUAAUAAUAAUUUUCAUAAUGAUGAGACAUGUUUUUUCUACUCAUUUGUCUGUCUGUAAUAGAUUCUAGACUUCUUCCUCCAAAAACUGGCAUGUUUUGAGCUAAUUUUUGUUAUGUGAUCCAAUCUUGAUGAGUUACAGAUUAACUUUGCAUUUUUUUCUGCUUUGACGGAAUUUAUACAGGCUAAAUUCAUUACAACACUACAUGAAAAUGUCCGUACCCAAUUUGUUACCCAUUUCACUCUGACUAAAAUAGUUUCUGUAUGUGUUUAUGUUUGGAAUUAGUCAAUUGAAAAUUAAGAUGCUUUGAAAAAUUAUUUACAAAUUGUUUUUUAUUUUUUCUGAUAUUGUAUGACAGAGUUAGAGAAAUUGAUAUUUGUAAUGUUUGCUACAUUAUACGUACAUUCUAUGGAACAGUAUUAAAAGAAGGUUGUAUUUCUUGCCUUACAGUUUCAAGUUGAUCAUAUGAUAGUAUUAUUACAGAAAAAAGGUGAAUUUUUAAGUUUGUUAAAAUACUGAAAUAAAAUUUAGUCUUCAAGUAAGUAAAAUUUGUUCACAAG